CUUUCAGUUGUUAAGCACUUUUCAACAAAUUUCGGACAAAGCAGGGGAGAGAAAUCUUAAAAAUUACCAACAAACAGGCCUAAAUGAAUUUUUGUAUUUUUCUAUGAAUGUAUACUAUGAAGUAACCAGAGUAUGUCUGGCAGAUCUGCAAAUGAUUUACGGUUAGAGAUCAGUGAUGAAGGAGAAGAGAUUUGUGACAUAUACAAGGAGCAUAUGCUUCUGUUGGAUGCGAUUAAAAACCACAACUGUGCCUUGGUACAUGAUCUUGUGCAUAAUCACGGUCUUUCACCAGACUUCAAUGUAAACGGGUACUCACCUAUCUGUGUAGCAGCUCAGUAUGGUUUUGUUGACAUUUUGGACAUUCUAGUUGAGGGUGGAUGUAGCUUAAUAACGGAAAAUUCUGAUACCUGGAAGCGCCAGGCAGUUCAUGUAGCAGCAUCUAAAGGUCAGAAUGAAUUUGUAAAGAGAUUGGUAAGUUAUGGAGCCGAUAUUAACAGUCGUGACAGCGAUCAAAGAACGCCACUUCAUUGGGCGGCAACUUACGGCAAUGCAGAUAUGGCAGAGUUUCUUAUCUCGGAAGGUGCGGCAGUGAAUAUUGCGCAAAGUGACGGCUUUACAUCACUUCAUGCCGCAACCUGUCUUGGUCAUAAUCAUGUUGUUAAGGUACUUCUGAAUCAUGGUGCCGAAUUGAAUCGGACAGAUAGGGAUGGAUGGUCCGCAUUCCACACCGCUGUCUGUUACGGACAUACAGAAGUAGUCAAAUCUUUAUUAGAUGCGGGAGCUUCGUUAACAAAGUUAACAAGCGAUGAAGAAAACGUUGUCCACAUAGCAGCAAGUAGUGGAAAAAUUGACGUUCUACGUCUGCUUUUGGAGAAAAAAAUGAAUUUAAAUGAUAUGAACGUGAACGGCAAUACCGCCUUUUAUUUAUCAGUGUACUAUAAUGAGCUAAAUAUGACAAAAUUCCUUAUAAAAGUUGGGGCUGAUAUGAGUUUACCAAGAGGUCCAAAGAAGUCACCUUUAUACCUAGCUGCCAUGAGGAGUAAUAUUGAUGUUAUAUCUCUAUUUUUGGCAGCAGACUAUAACUUCAGCUGCGAAGAAUGGAUUUUACAAAAGGAUUUCCCUCAGGUUCUUUUGAAACUUCCUAAGUUGUGUAAUCUCUUAUAUCGGAAAGCAUCAAAUACGCAAACAUUGAAGGAUUUAUGUAGGUCUUGUAUACGAAGGUCUGUUAAGUAUGAUUUAAAUUUUGAAGCUCGGAUAAAACAACUGCAUUUACCCGUGCUUCUUCAGGACUUCAUUUCAUAUCAAGGUCUGGACAAUUUUGUAGAGUCACUAAAUGAGUUUUUGAAAAAAGUUGCAUCAGAAACGAGUCUCACUUAACAUAUAUUUAUACUUCAAUAGGGAUUGAUUUACCUUAGAUAUGUGUUGAUUGUAACUUUGUUUUUAGCUCACCUGAGCACAAAGAGUGAUCAAGAGUGAGUUUUUGUGAUCAAUGUGCGUUUGUCGUGCGUCCUUCAAAAAAUGGCGACCACGUUAACCUUUAAAACAAUAUCUCCUACUAAACCAAUAAGCCAAUUUUGUUAAAACUGAGGAGGAAUGUUCUUGGCAUGAAACUCUUUAAAAAUUGUUCAAAGACUUCCAUUUCUUGCUAAAUUUUGGUUGACAUGGCAACCAAAAGAUAAAACUUAAAAAAUAUUCUUGUAAAAAAAGAACAGUUAGACCUUACGUGUUUAGCAUGGAACAUGUUCUAUGUCUACCAAAUUUAGGGGAUCAUUGGUUUUCCUUAUAUGUAUGACUGUACAUGUAGUAAAAACCCUCUUGUAUUAGACAAAAGAGCUAGAACUUAUAUAUUUAGCAUGAAACAUUUUCUAGUGGGUGUCAAACAAGUUUGUUCAAAUAAAAGUCCUUGUAGCCACCCCAGCUAAAAUUUC